UAAUCACUUCGAUUUGGCUCGUUUUCUAUCGGAGUCUUGUUGGGAGGGAAGCUCUCGCGUUGCCUCUAAGCCAUGAAUCGUCGUAAUCGUGGCUCUUCUUCUUCUUCUUCCAGGGGUUCAAAUACUUAUGAGAAUCGUCAGUUCUCUGAUAACCCAAGGACUGGAUCCGGCGGCGGAGCUAGUGAUUCCUUUCGGAGAAGAUCCGAUGUACCAGUCAAACGAAACAAUGAUAAAGACGAAUCCGAAAACAAAGGUGAAGAUCCUGCUGACGUCUCCUUCAUCGUCGGAACCUGCUCUUCCAUGUGUCCAGAGAGGGAGAGAGUCACAAGAGAACGCCUGCGUGAUCUUGGAGUGUUUGAGAGGCUUUAUGGAAACCCCUCAAAAUCAUCUACAGAUCUAGCUGUUAAAAAGUUUUGCAGAACCCUUUCAGCAGCGGAUGUCCAAGCAUCAGAUGUACGACCUCUCCCAGUUUUAGAAGAAACCCUGAAAUACCUUCUAAGUUUGCUAGACUCCGGGGAACACCCGUUUGAAAUGGUUCAUGAUUUUAUUUUCGAUAGGACAAGGUCUAUUAGACAAGAUCUUAGCAUCCAGAAUUUAGCCAAUGAGAGAGUGAUCUACCUUUACGAGGAAAUGGUUAAAUUUCAUGUCAUAUCUCACAAGAGGCUUCAGAGUUGUAGCGGUACAAGUAUUAGCCCAAUGCAUCACUUGAACAUGGAGCAGCUAACAAAAACUCUUGCCUCUUUGUAUAAUAUAUAUGAUGCAGAUAGGAAACCGAAUUCCAUUUACGAAAAUGAAGCCGAGUUCCGUUCACUCUAUGUGCUGCUUCAUCUCAAUCCCAGUAGCGGAGUGAUGGGGGAACCACUGUCUUUAUGGUUUCGCAAGUUGACUUCUGCUUUAGUAAAAUCCAAGGAAAUAUGUUUUGUACGAAACAUUUUAAGAUUAUAUCGGAUGGGCAAUUACAAGAACUUCUUAAGCGCAACUGCUUCUGAGGCGACAUACUUGCAGUAUUGCAUAAGUGAGCCACAUAUCAGAGAGAUGCGCUCAUUUGCUGUCCAAUGCAUAAACAAUGUUUGCUACAAGCUUCAACCCUAUCCUCUCUUGCGGUUAUCUCAGAACCUGUUGAUGAAGUUUGUAUAUUUCAGGAGUUGGAAGUUGAAUCUUUAUGCCAUGAGUGUGGUCUUGAGACAUGUAAUGAUUCUGAUGGGUUCAGUGUGUUACCCGCAAAGCAGUCAACCUUUUGUAGUCCCAAGGACAAGUUCAAAAUUUAUGAUUUGAUUGGGAUUGAACGAAUUAAGAGUUAGUUUUGAACCUUUUUUUCUAGUAGUUCAUGUGUAGUGCUUCUCACAAUACUUUCCAUUUGACAAGAAGAUAAAAAUGUAUUUGGAUUAAUACCCGAGUUAUAUGAGCUGGGUAAUCAAAUAUUAUCGUGUGACCAAAAUAAAAAGUUUAUUUAAUCAUUA